UUUCUCGCCCCGCGGCACGGCGGUGUACGCACGGAGCGGUGCGCUGGUGGGCGGGUCCUAGCGGCACGGCCUGACGGGACCUGGGUGGUGGGUGUCUGCGGUUGUUCCUUGGCGGCUGCCUUAGUAGUACGCACGCGGUGUAAGGCAACAUGGCGGACGCGGAAGUAGUUAUUUUGUCAAAGAAGCAUAAGAAGAAAAAAGACCGGAAGUCGUUGCCAGCAGAUGAUAUAGCUGAAAUACAACAUGCUGAAGAAUUUCUUAUCAAACCUGAAUCCAAAGUGGCUCAGUUGGACACUUCUCAGUGGCCCUUGUUGCUAAAGAAUUUUGACAAACUAAAUGUCAGGACAACACAUUAUACACCUCUUCCUUGUGGCUCAAAUCCUCUGAAGAGGGAGAUUGGGGACUAUAUUAGGACAGGUUUCAUUAAUCUUGACAAGCCCUCCAACCCCUCUUCCCAUGAGGUGGUAGCCUGGAUCCGACGAAUCCUUCGGGUGGAGAAGACAGGACAUAGCGGUACUCUGGAUCCCAAGGUGACUGGCUGUUUAAUCGUGUGCAUAGAACGAGCCACUCGCUUGGUGAAAUCACAGCAGAGUGCAGGCAAAGAGUAUGUGGGAAUUGUUCGGCUGCACAAUGCUAUUGAAGGGGGUACCCAGCUUUCUAGGGCCCUAGAAACUCUGACGGGUGCCCUCUUCCAGCGACCCCCACUUAUUGCUGCAGUGAAGAGGCAGCUCCGAGUGAGGACCAUCUAUGAGAGCAAAAUGAUCGAAUAUGAUCCGGAAAGAAGAUUAGGCAUAUUUUGGGUGAGUUGCGAGGCUGGCACCUACAUUCGGACACUGUGUGUGCACCUUGGUUUGUUAUUGGGAGUUGGCGGUCAGAUGCAAGAACUUCGAAGAGUUCGUUCUGGAGUCAUGAGUGAAAAGGACCACAUGGUGACAAUGCACGAUGUGCUUGAUGCUCAGUGGCUGUAUGACAACCAUAAGGACGAAAGCUACCUGCGCCGAGUUGUUUACCCUUUGGAAAAGCUGCUGACAUCUCAUAAACGGCUGGUUAUGAAAGACAGUGCAGUGAAUGCCAUCUGCUAUGGGGCCAAGAUCAUGCUUCCAGGUGUUCUCCGAUAUGAGGAUGGCAUUGAAGUCAAUCAGGAGAUUGUGGUCAUCACCACCAAAGGGGAAGCCAUCUGCAUGGCUAUUGCACUAAUGACCACCGCAGUGAUCUCUACAUGUGACCAUGGUAUAGUAGCAAAGAUCAAGAGAGUGAUCAUGGAGAGAGACACUUACCCUCGGAAGUGGGGUUUAGGCCCAAAGGCAAGUCAGAAGAGGCUGAUGAUCAAGCAAGGCCUUCUGGACAAGCAUGGCAAACCCACAGAUAGCACCCCUCCCUCCUGGAAGCAGGAGUAUGUCGACUACAGCGAUUCUGGCAAGAAAGAGGUGGUUGCUGAAGCAGUGCAGGCCCCACAAAUAGUUGCCGAAGCAGUGCAAGUCCCCAAGCGGAAGCGCGAGAGUGAGAGUGAAAGUGAUGAAACCCCACCAGCAGCUCCACAGUUGGUCAAGAAGGAAAAGAAGAAGAAGAAGAAGUCCAAAGCUGCUGCAGAGAGUGGGGCAGAGCCUGCAGAUGGGGACAGUGACACCACCAAGAAGAUGAAGAAGAAGAAGAAGAAAGCUAAAGUCGUAGAGGUGGUGUCUGAGUAGCAAAGACCACUUUGAGUAUUGCUUCAGCUGGGAGGAGAAAGGAAGUAAAGCCUUACUGCGGAAGUAUUGUUCCUCUUGAUGAGGCAGUGGAACAAAGGCACAUUGUAGCUGCUACUUGAGACCUGGGUGAUGUUACCUGGUGUGGGCUUUCCAUCUUGUCCUGUUUUAAGGAUGUGGGUGACAAAAGAGGCAGAUUUUAUGCCACCAACUGCUCUGUUUUGGAGUGGGAAGCCUCACUCACCUUUAGACCCACUACUGCCCAGUGACUGUCUGCAGCUGUUUCUAAAAACAUCCUAGUCCUCUCCUCGUGGGCUGUCUUUUUUUUUUUUUUACCACCUCCAUUUAAAAGUGUAUAUAACAAGUCUGCCCAGUGAAAUGGUAUUGAACCCCCAGUAAGUGCACCAUAUUCCUGGGGGAGUCGGGCCCCCAUGUCCUGGGAGGAGACUGUUCUGUUUUGGUGUCGGGUUGAGGCUUCCAUCUUGUGUGCUUCUCCAAAGCUUGAGUGUACAGCUGUGUUCACCUAAAGCCAUCUGGUCGUUUGUGUCUUUGACAGAAGCUGAACCGUUCCUGUACCCUCUUGUUUUAACCUUCAUUCACUUUUAAAGAAUGGAAUCACUCAUUGCUGGAAGCCGAGUGUUGUAAUUUGUACUUAUUAAAGUUGACUUACUAAGUUU